GCGGAGCGACAGGUCUCAGGCCCCCAGGCGGAGCGACAGGUCUCAGGCCCCAAGGCGGAGCGACAGGUCUCAGGCCCCCCAGGCGGAGCGGGCGGGCGCCGGACCCCCAGGCGGAGCGACAGGUCUCGGGCCCCCAGGCGGAGCGGCGGGCACCGAGUCACCAGGCACGACAACUGCGGGCACCGAGUCACCUGGCGGAACAGCGGGCACCGAGUCAACUGGCGGAACAGCGGGCAUCGAGUCAACUGGCGGAACAGCGGGCACCGAGUCGUCUGGCAAGACUGCGGGCACCGAGUCGUCUGGCAAGACUGCGGGCACCGAGUC